UCGUAAAUUUUCAUUGGCAGAAACCUUCAGCCUUACCUUAUUUUUUUGUUACUACGUAAACUGCUGGAAACACGCGGCAACAAAUUCCAUUACAACAUUAAAACAUUGAAAUAGGUUAUUGCCAAAUAAUAUCUGACCCCUCAUAAUACAACGGUAAAACUUGUCGCUGAAGCUCGCCCAACAUGAGGCUCACGGUCGAGCUCCUUCAGAACUCCCCCUCCUGGCUCAACGCGCUGAAAGAACGUGAGCUCGAGCUUCGAGGACAUCGUAUCCCUACCAUCGAGAACUUGGGCGUUGCAGGCCCGCAAGAUGCCAUAGACUUCGUCGACAAUGAUAUCCAGGUGCUGGGGAACUUCCCCUUAUCGCCGCGAAUACGCUCCCUUCUCCUACAGCGAAACCGCAUCUCCUCCAUACAACCUACCCUCGCGAACUCGAUCCCGAACCUCACAAUGCUACAGCUGGAGUCGAACAACUUGACCGAGCUGGCAGAUCUAGAUCCGCUGGGGUAUUUCCCAAGACUGACACACUUGGUGCUACGAGAUAACCCCGUCACGAAGAAGGAGCACUACCGCUACUGGGUCCUAUGGCGUUGCCCGGCGGUCCGAUUCCUCGACUUCGAAAAGGUGAAGGACGCAGAACGCAAGCAAGCGGCGACCCUGUUCGGCACCGCGGCAGAGCCCACGGAGCUGGCCUCCAAGAUCAUGGGCGUCAAGUCCAAGACCUUCGACGCGUCGCUCUCCGCGAACGGCGGCGCUUCUUCCUCCGGCGCCCUGCCGACGCGCAUGUCGCGCAUCAAGCUCACGGAGAAGGAGAAGAAGCGCCUGCAGGACAUGAUCAAGAAGGCUACGAGUCUGGACGAGAUCACGAGGCUGGAGGCUAUGCUGCGAGAGGGCAGGAUUCCGGCUGGUGUACAUUUGAAUGACGAGAUGGAGGAAUAGAGAGGAAGGCGGGGAGUAUAUAUCUGAGGGUGUGUGGAGCUUAGAUUGUGGUUGGUCAUUUGGUGUAUAAUUCAUUCAUGCAUGGUCACAAAAUAAAACGUUCGGGUAUACCCAUGGAUAUAGGCAUUAAUGCAAUUCUUUCUGAAGAUA